ACACACACACACACACACACACACAGUGAACACAAAGCCCAGUGGACAGCCCGGGCCUGGCUGGUGGUUUUACGCAGCGUCCCUCGUUAACUUUGUGUUGUAAAUGUUGGAGGAGGAACCGGCGGACAGCGCAGCGGCGACCGCCUCCAACUGAAGGGAAUAUGUUUCUCUCCUGGCUGACCUGUGCACUUCUGCUGGGAACUUUAUGUGCAGGGCUGAGCCACGGCGACGCUGACACCCUGGAGUGUCUGUACUACAACGUGAACUACGAGGCGGAGCGGACCAAUCAGAGCGGCGUGGAGCGCUGCGAGGGCGAGGUGGACAAACGCUCGCACUGCUACGCCUCGUGGAGGAACAGCUCGGGCUCCAUCCAGCUGGUGAAGAAAGGCUGCUGGCUGGACGACUUCAACUGCUACGACCGACAGGAGUGCGUGGCGACGGAGGACAGUCCUCAGGUCUUCUUCUGCUGCUGCGAGGGAAACUUCUGCAACGAGAGGUUCACACACCUGCCGGACACCAACGGACCGCUGAUCAAAGCUCCGCCCCCCAGCGUGUUGAGCGUCAUGGUGUACUGCCUGCUUCCCGUCUCCAUGGUGACUGUGGUGCUGCUCGCCGCCAUCUGGAUGUACCGCCACCGGAAACCUCCGUACGGACACGCCCACAUCAACCAGGACCCUGCAGUGCCCUCCUCCCCCCCCCUGCUCCGUCUGCAGCCCCUGCAGCUGUUGGAGGUGAAGGCCAGCGGACGCUUCGGCUGCGUCUGGAAAGCUCAGAUGAUGAACCAACACGUGGCCGUCAAGAUCUUCCCCUUCCAGAAUAAGGAGUCUUGGCAGAUGGAGACGGACAUCUUCAUGACUCCGGGGAUGAGACAUGAAAACCUUCUGAAGUUCAUCGCUGCAGAGAAACGAGGAAAUCACCACGAAGCCGAGCUGUGGCUCAUCACCCAGUUCCACCAGAGGGGCUCUCUGGCGGACUUCCUGAAGGGGAACAUUGUCAGCUGGGCCGAGCUGUGCCACGUAGCCGAAUCGAUGGCGUGCGGCCUGGCGUACCUUCACGAAGACAUUCCCCGCCUGAAGGGGGAGGGGCCCAAACCGGCCAUCGCCCACAGGGACUUUAAGAGUAAGAAUGUCAUGUUGCGUUUGGACCUCACGGCGGUGAUCGGGGACUUUGGUCUCGCCGUUCGCUUCGAGCCGGGGGAACCACCUGGAGAAACGCAUGGACAGGUGGGCACCAGGCGUUACAUGGCUCCGGAGGUUUUAGAGGGAGCCAUCAACUUCCAGCGGGAUGCCUUCCUCCGAAUCGACAUGUACGCCAUGGGACUGGUGCUGUGGGAGCUGGUGUCCCGCUGCAAGGCUGCCGACGGUCCGGUGGAUGAGUACAUGCUGCCGUUUGAGGAGGAGGUGGGUCAGCAUCCGUCUCUGGAGGAUCUUCAGGAAGUCGUCGUCCACAAGAAGCUGAGACCGGCCGUCAAAGAGCUCUGGCUCAAACACAGCGGCCUGGCUCAGAUCUGUGAGACGGUGGAGGAGUGCUGGGACCACGACGCCGAAGCUCGCCUCUCGGCCGGCUGCGUGGAGGAGCGGAUCGCUCAGGCCCGGCGCCACAACGCCAGCAUCGGCCCGCCUUCCUCCGACCUGCUCGUACCCGUUCCCAUGGUAACCAACGUGGACAUAGCGCCCAAAGAGUCCAAUACAUGAGGAGCACGAAGAGAGACGAGACGACGACAAACGACUAAAUAACUUGUUUUUAGAGGCCUGACGUUAACACACACACACACACACACACACACACACACACACACACACACACACAC